AUGUUGCAUGUCAGCUUGUUUCGGCCAGAUGCGCAGCCGGGGAGGCUUGGCUUUCAGCCAACCCCUAUGCUUCACCACAUCUGCCCAGAUGGGUUCAAGGGAAAAGCCAGAGGCCUUGGUCAGGCCACCGGCGCGAUCGCUGUGAAGCAGCGAGCGCCCCGCAGGCAGCCGGGACAUGAAAGCCGCACUGGUGCGGGCAUAGCCCUGCGUGCUGCGCUUGCAGCAGCUGUUCAGCUUGUCAUUGCAGAGAAGCCCAGGGUGGCGCAACAGAUUGCCUCUGCACUGAAGCUCAAGAAGGUGGGGAAACACUAUGAGGGGAAGAACAUGAUUGUCACUUCCGCCUGCGGGCACCUGGUUCAAUUCCAGGAUCCUCCUUGGGGGGGGAAAUUGCCACUGUCCCCGCCUUCAAAGCUCAAGGCAAUAGAAGGCAAGGAAACGGAUCUGAAAGAGAUUAGACAGCUUGCGUCUCGAGCUGACGUGCUCGUCAAUGGGUGCGAUGCAGGACGUGAAGGCGAACUGAUCUUCAGGCGUAUCCGAGAAUUCCUGAGAUUGAAACAGAAACCCUUUCAGCGGCUAUGGCUGCAGUCCCUGACUCCAGAUGCCAUUCGAAGUGCCAUGGGGCAGUUGAAAGCAGGUGCCGACUUUGACAAUUUGGCAGCUGCUGCAGACUGUAGGGCAUUGUGGGAUUGGCUCAUCGGGAUCAACGGAACACGAGCCCUCAGACAAGGCUUGUGGCUUGCCAAAAAAUGCAGCGUGGGACGGGUGAUGACUCCAACGUUAUCGCUUGUGGUGGACCGGGAGAAGGCAAUUGAAGACUUCCAGCCACAGCAGUAUCACGUGGCUCAUGCAACCUUUCGCGCAUCAGACGAGGAGGACGCAUCCGCCGAAUAUUCUGGGGAGUUCUCCACAUUGUACCAGGAUGUCAAAAAGAAGAGGGUAGACCUGAAGGCAGAGCUGAAGAAGUGGAAGCCUGGGAAGGAGGGAAGAGUUGUGGAGGACUCUCGAAGCCACACGUUGGAGCACCCGAAACCCCUCUUCAACCUCGCAGAUGUACAGCGCGAAUGUUCAAGGCUCUACGGAAUGACACCUGCGAGCACCCUGAAGCAUGUCCAAAAGCUGUACGAAGAUGAACUGACCACCUACCCGCGGACGGACUCGCGGUAUGUGCCGAACGACCACGAGCUCCUGAUCGAGAAGAUGCUCAAAGAUGCUGCCCGUAAGGGUACAAGCCAAGGUGAGAUCACUCCGGAGAUAUUGAAGGCGGCCGCAGAGCGUGUUCGCAAAGUUCGGGCACGGGUUUUUGAUGACAAGAAAGUCACGGACCACUAUGCCAUAAUUCCGACUUCUCAAGGGCUGGACCAGGCGCUGACAUCCAAGAGCCACGACAAGGUGCUGAAGAUGAUCGUUCGCCACUUUCUCGAGGUGUUUCUACCUCCAGCAAAGCACGCUGUGAUGAGCAGAGCCACGCAGAUGGGCGAUUACAUCUUCAAGACACAUGAUCGCGUCCUCGUGGAUGCAGGCUUCCUGCUGCUGCAAGGAAGAAAGCCGGGCCGCCAGGGCCUGGCAAGGCCCUUGCCCAAGGGCACAAGCGUUGUCUUGGUGAAAGCUCCAAAAGUGGUCGACAAGGAGACUCAGCCUCCACAGCGCUACACGCAGGCAAGCCUCCUCACAGCCAUGGAGACUUGCAGCAAAGCUGUGGCGGAUGGCCAGCUCAAGCAGGCACUCACGGCAGGCAUAGGUACCUCAGCGACGCGCGCUGCCAUCAUCGAGAAGCUGAUCUGGCAGAAGUGGAUUACACAUGCUUCGGCCGCCGCGUCCACCGGAAAGAUCGAAAAAGGUGCCCUUAUGGCCAGCAAUCAGGCAGUGAAGUUCAUCGCAGAUCUCCGUGGAUUGCUGAAGAUGCCGGAAUUGUCCACUGUGGAGCUGACAGGCGAGUGGGAGCUUCGACUCAAACAAAUACAGGACGGUCUCGCGAAACCGGGGCCAGCGAACAAGGAGAUCUAUGCUGCCGUGGAACGGAUUGUGGCGAGUGCUUGCUCGCGACGUGCUAAGGCGAAAGUCCUCUGUGUAAAGAAGACCCUGCCGAAGAAGAAGGCCACGACUCCUGAUCUUGCAACAAGACGAAUCAAGGCAUCGGGGACCUCACAAAGCAAGGCCAAGAAGGGCAAGGCCCUUGUCAACGCUUGA